AUGCCAGGCCAGGCCAGGAAAGAUGCCAGCGCGGCACAAGAUACCGGCGAACCAGGCAACGAUUGGAAUCAUACACGGAAUCAAAAUGGUCAUCGUACCAAUACCGAUUUGGAGGCGGGUCGUCUUGGCUCUACUACCAAUGUCGGCGCCAUCGAUAUGCAAAAUGCUGGAAAAAUCAAAUUCGAUCCACCCAAAGUGCCAGUGAUAUUUGUUUUAGGCGGCCCAGGUAGUGGCAAAGUUACCCAUUGCGAUACCUUUAUGCAGGAGAGACGCGGAGUCAUCCACAUCAAUAUGAUGGAUCUGCUGCAACAAUACGCAAUGGGCAAUGAUAUGCAAGACUUUUCGCAACUAUCAUCGAAAACGGUCACCGAGGUGUUGAUGUUGGAAAUGAAAAUGGCUCCAGCUGCCAAAGCCUAUCUGAUAUCUGGAUAUCCACGCUCAAUGCGCGACGUUGUUGAAUACUCUGAGAAGAUACAAGUCGUUAAUGGCGUUAUCCUAAUAUCCUGGCGUCAGUCGGUCUUACAAAAGCAAAUCGAUUAUGGCGCUAAAUUAGGUCAUGUUGUACUCUCCCUAGCCAAAAUGGAAUUGGAAAAUUUCUUUAAAAAUGUGAUGCCAGUCGCUGAUUAUUUCGAUCAAAGCGAUAUGCUAUUGGCCGUGAAUGGUGAGCGUGCUCCCACAGAGGUGUAUAAGGAUUUUCGUACCGCAGUCCUUGACAUUUUAAGCACGCUCGAGAAUCAAGAGGCCAUGCUGAAUGGAGUUACAGACUUGGAUGGCUCUAGUCAGGAAAUAGAAGCACCUCGUGGCCGUUCAAGUGGACAUGGUUCAUCUGCAGUCGCUCACCCCGCCCCAGCAGCAGCAGCUCCACCUCCACGUCCUGGAACUAGUGCAGACGAUGAUAGCGGCGUGGUCGUCACUCAACAGCCGCGUCCGAAUCUCAAUAAUGCAGGCACUAGUAUGGAAGCAACAGAUGAUUCAACAUUAGGAUCAAUACCUCCAAUUAUUUGGGUAAUCGGUGGCCCAGGCAGUAAUAAGGCAACAUUGUGCUUGAAAGCCGUUGGCUUAAAUCCCGGCUGGUCCCAUAUUAGUGUGGGACGUCUUUUGCGUAAUAUAACCGAUUCUGCACCACGUGCCAAUACCGAAAGUUAUGCAGUAAAAGAGGCUUUAGCAGCUGGAGAAAUGGCUCCUGAGAAAUCAUUGAAUCAAUUGCUCGAGAGUAAUCUGCGGCAAUUGAAAGAUCGAUCAGGCAUUAUCAUAGAUGGAUAUCCCCGAAAUUUACAACAAGUCAAGUACUUUGAGAAUAAGUACAAACAACGACCGCCCAUUAUUCUAUUGGACUGUUCAAAGCUUCAACUGGGAAGGGGUCGUAUAGACGAUACGGUUUCCUCAUUUCGUCGCCGUUUGGAGAUCUUUCGUGAGCAAACUCUGCCCAUGCUUAAGAUCAUGGAUAGCGGUAAUCGCCUGCAAAUAGUCGAUGGCGAUACGGAUAGUCCAUCGGUGCAGCGUGAAUUUGAACGCAUUAUUCGCAAUCAUAUACAACAAUUACUAAAGAAUACCGAUGACACGGAUGCCACAGCACCGUUGGGUAAUCAUGUGAUCCGAAAUGAGCAAACAGAUGCCAUUCUACACGAUCUGGAGACAAAUGUCCCGGGGGCCGUGCCGACCAUAAGUCAUCAUGUUAGCAUGAUGAAUGGACAUCUCAAGAAUCGUGGAAGUGCUCUUGCCGGUGGCAAGAAGCCAACACAAAUGAUGAAUGGUCAUGUACCAGGUAGACCUGAUACUGGACCAGUUGCUCCUCUGGCCCAGCCUGUUGAUUUCAGGCACAUGCUGGAGGAGGCCGAACGAUAUCCGGUGGAUUCGUACAUGUAGAAAAGUAAAACAAAAAGGAUUUAUAUAGUUUUUUAAUCGACUAGAACUUAAAGAUUGUUGAAAUUAUUUUCUACAGAAUGACAAUUUUAUAUGGGAAUGGGACCAUUUAAGUUGCAAAAACA